GAGAGUGGAAUUGACUGUUUUCUUUCCAGAAAGCAGCAUACAGGGACAGUGUUUCUACAGAGGGCUUGUGAGCGUGAUCACUCAGACAUGGAGAAGAGGGACAGUUCAGAUCUUGCAUAUUUUGUGCAACGAGAAGUUCUGGAUGAAUUACGUCUGGAUGAAGUGGCACAAAAAAGACCCACAAGCUGCACAGAGCCGACCAUUUGUGAACAAGUGAAAGAUUCUCUGAGGUGUUCAGUGCCGAGGCUGAAGCAGAUGGUGCUGAGUAUCAUCCCCAUUCUCUCCUGGCUACCUCACUACCCCAUCAAGGAAAACGCCAUUGGGGAUCUGAUCUCUGGCUGCAGUGUGGGCAUCAUGCACCUGCCACAAGGCAUGGCAUAUGCUCUUCUUGCUUCCUUACGCCCAGUGUUUGGCUUGUACACCUCCCUAUACCCAGUGCUUGUCUACUUCAUCUUCGGUACGUCCAGGCACAUCUCUGUAGGUACAUUUGCUGUUGUCAGCAUCAUGAUCGGCAGUGUUACGGAGAGGCUUGCACCAGACGAUGACUUCAGGAAAAAUAGCACCAAUGGAACAGGAAUGGUGGACUUCGAUGCACGGGAUGCAUUCAGAGUACAAAUAGCAUGCUCGCUUACGGUCCUAGCAGGAAUUUUUCAGAUCCUGUUGGGUUUGGUGAGGUUUGGCUUUGUGGUAACCUACCUGUCAGAGCCCCUGGUCCGUGGCUACACCACAGGGUCAGCAUGCCAUGUAGCGACAUCCCAACUCAAGUACCUGUUUGGGGUCACACCGGCUCGUUUCAGUGGGCCUCUCUCACUUAUUUAUACUGUGGUGAAUAUUUGCUCAUUGCUACCUCAGACGCUGAUACCAGAGCUGGUGGUCAGCCUGGUGGCACUCGCAGUUCUUAUUGUGGUCAAAGAGUUAAAUGCUUGUUACAGACAUAAGCUGCCUCUGCCCAUCCCUAUAGAGCUUGUAGUUGUCAUAGCAGCAACCAUCAUCACUCAUUUUUGUGAGCUUCCUUCUAAAUACAACAUAGACGUGGUUGGAGAGAUACCCAGUGGGCUGAAGGCGCCUGUCGCUCCAGAUGCAAGCAUGUUUUCAAAUGUGAUAGGCGACGCGUUUGCCGUGGCUAUUGUGGGCUACGCCGUCAACAUUUCCCUGGGCAAAACGUUUGCCCUCAAACACGGCUACAAAGUUGACAGCAAUCAGGAGCUGGUUGCUCUGGGGCUCAGUAACACAGUCGGUGGCUGCUUUCAGUGUUACGCAGUCACUUCCUCCUUGUCCCGCAGUCUUGUGCAGGAGAGCACAGGCGGGAAGACACAAGUUGCUGGCGUCAUUUCAUCCGUCAUUGUGCUGAUCACUGUUUUAAAAAUUGGUGCAUUCUUUGAAGAUCUCCCAAAGGCUGUCCUAUGCACAAUUGUGUUUGUGAAUUUGAAGGGAAUGUUUCAGCAGUUCAUGGAUGUGCCGAUGUUAUGGAAAACCAACAAGGUUGAUUUGCUGGUGUGGCUGGUAACGUUCAUGUCUACCAUCCUGCUGAACCUGGACAUGGGUCUGGCUGUCUCUGUUGGCUUUUCCAUGCUCGCUGUCAUCCUCAGAACACAACGGCCACACUACUCCAUCCUUGGCCAAGUGGCCGGCACCGACCUGUAUCUGGAUAAAGAGACCUACAAGGAGGCCAAAGAGAUUCCAGGCAUUAAAAUCUUUCGAUCAUCAACGACUAUCUACUAUACCAAUGCUGAGAUGUUCCUGGAGGCUCUGCAGGAGAAAAGUGGGAUUGAAAUGAGCAAACUGCUGACAGCAAAGAAGAAAGAAGAUGCGAAGCUGAAGCAUAAAGAGGAGAAAGAGAAAAAGAAAGCGAAAAAGGAGGCAAAGAAACAAAUAAAAGAAAAGGACAGCCACCUGCCUGGACAGUUCUCUCAGAAUGACUUGCAGAUGAAUGACUGGAACAUGUCUGAUGAGGUGGAGGAGGCGCACAGUCAGAAGAACAGCGUGAUAUUAAGUCUGACGGAAACACACAAAAACAGCUUCAGUCAAGGCCACGUCAACUGGGCUUAUAUGCACAAUACAGCCGCCUCAGACUCAGACUCAGAUACAGGUUACCAUGGUGAUAGCAGCAUCAACCGGGUCACAUAUGAUGAGGAGGUGGGAAAGGACACCGGACCAGAUAUACACAGCAUCAUCUUGGACAUCUCGACAACCAGCUUUGUUGACACUGCCACUGUGAAAAUCCUAACAAAUAUCUUCAGAGACUUUGGAGAGAUUGAUUUGGACAUCUACCUGGCAGGCUGCCAAGGUUGUGUCAUGGAACAGCUGGGAACAGCGGGUUUCUUCUCAGAGUCCAUCCCAAAAAGUCGGGUGUUUGUCAGCAUCCACGACGCAGUACUUCACAUUCUGAAGACCAUGAGGCAGAGGGACUGUGCACUGGACGUUCCCUGCAUCACCCAGAUGUGACCAGCAGGUGUCAGACUGAUGCAGCACUCGCUAGAGUCCCUUUACACAGAGAGUAGCGACAUGAUGAACCAAAAAAAAAAAAUGGUUACCCGACUCGUGCCAUCUUGGGACCAAAUUCGUGUUUGCUGUUAAGCUAUCUACGUGUAUAUCCAGUUUUUAAAUUUGAUUUAUUUAUUCACUGAAAAUGCCGGGUUGUUGUGAAUUUGGAUGCACAAGUAGACAUAACAAGGGGUUCAAUAUGUAUAGAUUCCCUCCAGAUCCUAACAGAUGAAAAAUUUGGG